CCAGGGUCCGCGUGCAGAGCAUGGCGGGCGAGGGCCGGUUCCUGCCUUUAAAGGUCACUCUCGUCCGCUGCCAGCGUCAGGCCUGGGAGGACUGCGUCCUGCUCCGGCCGACACGCGGCGCCACUGCCUGCCUGACACCCGAGAACAGACACCUCGCCCAGCGAGUCCAGGAGGCCGGUGCAGUCACACAGCAGCUCCUGCCGCCAUGUCCCGGGCCGUCCUGAGCGCCGUCCUCCUCCUGGCCGUCUCCGCGCCGGCUGCCUUGGCGGUGGACUUCCUUGUUCCCACCGGCGAAGGGGCGAGCGUCCAAGAGACCAAGGUCGUUUGCAUCAACAAUAUCAACCAGUGCUGGUUCGUCUCCUACAUCAAGCCAAGCGAGCCCGUCUGUGGCAGCGACCAGGUCACCUACAACGGGGAAUGCCACCUCUGCGUCACCGUCCUCUAUAAAAAGGUUGACGUAACUAAACUGCAUGAUGGACCUUGCAAAAACUCCUGAAUCUGCCAUGAAGACGCCGGAGCUGCAGAACCCCCGACGAGCACGUGACACAACGGCCGCCUCUUCGGGUGCACCCCCCCCCGGGUGCUGGCCCCGAGCACCCCCUCAACGGCCAGGGUCGCACCCCU